AUGACUCGCAGAAGUACAAUUAAUCGCACAUUGCAAUUAAUGCUCACCGUGUGCGGCGUAUGGCCGACCACGCCGGGCAUUGCGAUCUGCAGGGCGUAUUGGGUCAUCGCGUUAGGCAUAGACGAUGUCUGCCAUUACCGAUACUUACUGCUGCACCUGCACUCUAACGAUCUGUUCGACCUGAUAGACUGUUUCAGUAGCUUCCUCACGCAGGUGAAGUUCAGCACGAAAUUGGUUAUAUUUUGGUGGAACCAACGAAAAUUCAUGCGAAUGUUGACGAUAAUGGCGGAGGACUGGGACGAUUGCGCUAACAGCGCGAUCGACAUGCGUGAGACGACGAGUAAGGCGAAAUUGUCGUCCCGCAUCACCAACGCGAUGUUCACUCUUCACGUGCUGACCAUCGUGGCGUACAGCGCUGGCAUACUGCUGGCCGAUGUCGAUUUUACCGAUGAGCAGGCGGAAUUGCCGCUUCUCCUGAAAGUGAGCAUUCCUGUCGACAUAAGCACGAAGCGCACGUACAGACUGCUGUUGAGCGCGCAGUUCGUACACCUCAUCAUGUCCGGCUGCGGCACCGGAUUACUGAACUCGCUGCUUUUAGCCUUGACUCUGCACGUGGGCGGCCAAAUGGAUGUCCUACGCAGUUGGUUGGCCGAGCUCGUGCCCGAGCGGGAGAGACGCGAACCGAUCGUUAAUACGACGAACAAAAUCAUACGGAAACAUCAGAGAAUAAUCAACUUUUCGGGGUACAUCGAUGAUCUGUACACGUAUAUCGCGCUGGUGCAAUUCAUGUCCAACACCGUGCUGAUAUGCUCGUUGGCGUUCCUCAUCGUGACCGCGAUCGGCAGCCCCGAUGCGACGGAGCAAAUAGUGAGGUCUCUUUUAUUUUACACUGUGACGAAUCUGGAAGCGUUCAUAUUUUGCUUCGCCGGUGAAUAUCUGAAAAACAAGAGCAAAGCGAUCGGAACCGCGGCGUACAAUUGCGCAUGGUACGAAUUAAAACCUGAAAACAGCCGUCCUUUAAUAUUCGUAAUAUUAAGAGCACAGAAGCAAUUAACGCUCACAGUUGGGAAAAUAAUGGACCUCUCUUUAGAAUCUUUUACAAACAUCAUGAAAGCCUCGGGAUCGUAUUUGUCGGUCUUAUUGGCGAUGCAAUGA